AUGGAGAAAAAGAUGGAGGAAUUACUGGAGAAGUCCAAUAGGUCUGCAAGAAAGGCUACGGGCUUAAGGUAUGAUGAUCUGUGCAUGCAUCCGGAUUUGGACCUACCGGAAGGAUUCAAAAUCCCAAAAUUUGAGAUGUUCAAUGGAAUAGGGAAUCUUAAGGCACACCUCCAAUCCUACUGUGACCAAUUGGUUGGAGUAAAGAAAAAUGAGCCUCUGAUAAUGCGACUAUUCAGUCGUAGCCUGACUGGAGAAGCCGCUGAAUGGUUCGCAACUCAAGAUAUGCGUCAGUGGCACACCUGGGAGGACAUGGCAGAAUCCUUCAUGGAAAGGUUUCGCUUCAAUGUCGAAAUAGUGCCAGACCGCUAUUAUCUUGAAAAGGUCAAGCAGAAAUCAACAGAAAACUACAGGGAAUUUGCUAGCAGGUCCCAAGAACCUGAUUUCUACGACAGAAUGUUGUCCAUGGCCGGAAGACCGUUUGCUGAAUUGGUCAAAAUGGGAGAGGCUAUAGAAGAUGGCCUCAAAUCCGGGAAAAUAGUUAGCGUCUUCAACAAGGCAUCUGGACAAGCUACUGCAGGAAUCUUUCGCAAGAAAAAAAAGGAUGUGGCAAGCGUCCCACCAAAACUAGCACAGCCGGGAAAUAGAUUUUAUCGGGCCGAUCAGACCUGUGCCUAUCAUUCAGGAGGAAAUGGGCACAGCACAGAAGACUGUAUAAAUCUCAAGCACAAAAUCCAAGAUCUGAUUGACAAGAGAGAAAUCGUCUUGGAAACCGCAGCUCUAAAUGUGAACACAAACCCGUUGCCCAACCAUGGAAACAACGGAGUCCACAUGAUUGAAAAGAAUGAGGACUGGGAAGCUUGCAGAGCAUUAAUCCCCAGAGCAGUCGAAUCCCUAGAACACACAGUGGCCUCCCUCACACUCCAGGAGCGCCCAAAUUUCAAGGUUUUGGUCCCAGCACCGGGAGCCACGACAAUGACAUCAAGAUUCAAAGCCUUGAUCCCAGCACCCGUGGUGGCUCAGGUGGCACACCCAAUUGCUCCCGCAAAGCCAAUCACUGCACAAGCAGCCAUGGCCCAAGGCAUGACAUGUUCAGGUAGAUGUUACACUCCUGAAGAGUUAGCUCAGAAUGCUGCAAGAAAGGAAAACACCCAAAAGAGAGCAAUAACUGAAGGAGAAGCUGAGGAUUUCUGGCGGCGCAUGCAGCCAAAAGAUUACUCCAUUGUUGAACACUUGAAGAAAACACCCGUGCAAAUAUCGGUGUUGUCAUUGCUAGCCAGCUCCCCAUCACACAGGCAGGCUCUCAUGAGAGUAUUGGACGAAGCACACGUACCAGCUAGUACAAGUAGUGAAGACCUGGCUGGACUAGUAGCCCAUAUCAUUGGAGAACACAAGAUCUGCUUCUCCAAAGAGGAUUUGCCGGCAGAAGAUUCCCUUGGAGAGAUAGACCUACAGAUCCAGGUUGGACCUGCAUCCUUCACGGCAGAAUUCCAGGUCAUGGCAAUCACUGCCAACUACAAUAUGCUCUUGGGAAGACCAUGGAUACACUCCGCCGGUGCAAUCCCGUCAACUCUGCAUCAAGCCAUAAAAUUUGAAUGGCAAGGACGGGAAAUUAUUGUGGCAGCUGAGAAGGAUAUUCAGAAAUAUCCUUACAACAUCGUUCCUAUGAUCGAAGGGAGCCCUCACUCGCCAAACUUUCAUGUAGUGGAAUAUGUUGGGGCCACUCAUGCGGAGGAAGAGGCUGGUAGGCCCAUGCCAGCGGUCUAUAGAAUGAUUGCCUCCACCAUGCUGAAGAACGGCUUCGAAACAGGCAAAGGUCUAGGAAGAGACCUCGGAGGGAUAACAGAGCCUGUCCCAAUCCCAAAAGAAAACUACCACUUCGGUCUAGGGUAUACUCCUAGUGAAGACGAGCUCACAAGGGCGAUAAAAAGAGAGCCCAAAACAAGGAACUUGCCUCGUCCAAUUCCGGGUCUGUACCAGUCAUUCCCCAGAAAGAUGUCGACGCUGAAUGAAGAAGAAAUGGAUGGGAGUCUCAAGUCGCUAUUCCAAGAAGAGGGAUGCUACGCGAUCAUUGAAGAAAACCAGGAGACACCCAGCGAAUAUGAGGAGUACGAUGAAUCAACAAUGAUGCCAGAGGGACUGGUAGAAGAAUUGGAAGAACUGGAAGAAAAGAAAAAACCAAAUAUGGAUGAGACUGAGGUAAUCAACCUCGGUGAUGAAGAGGAUGUCAAGGAGACGCGAAUCAGUGCCCAUUUGGGAGCUUCACAGAAAGAAGAGCUCGUAGCUCUAUUAAAGGAAUAUGUGGAUGUCUUCGCCUGGUCAUACGCAGAUAUGCCGGGUUUGAGCACUGAAAUCGUAGCUCACAUAUUGCCUAUUAAGGAAGGCUUCGCGCCAGUUAAGCAAAAGACUCGGACAUUUAAGCCUGACCUGAGUAUUAGGAUAAAGGAUGAAGUGGAGAAACAAAUCGAAUCCGGAAUAGUGGAAGUGACAUCCUACCCAACUUGGGUGGCCAACAUAGUACCAGUACCUAAAAAGGAUGGGAAGAUUCGAAUCUGUGUGGACUAUCGAGAUCUCAACCGGGCCAGUCCAAAAGACAACUUCCCACUUCCAAACAUCCACAUCCUGAUAGACAACUGCGCCAAGCAUGAGCUGCAGUCAUUCGUGGAUUGUUUCGCCGGGUACCACCAGAUACUCAUGAGCGAAGAAGAUGCUGAAAAGACAGCCUUCAUCACCCCUUGGGGAGUCUACCACUACAGGGUAAUGCCGUUCGGCCUCAAAAACGCCGGCGCCACGUACAUGAGAGCUAUGACUACCCUGUUCCAUGAUAUGAUGCAUCGAGAGAUUGAGGUCUAUGUGGAUGAUGUCAUCAUAAAAUCAAGGGAAAGUUCGGAGCAUACUGUGCAUUUGUGUAAGUUCUUCGAUAGACUUCGCAAGUUCAAUUUAAAGUUGAAUCCCGCAAAGUGCGCGUUUGGAGUGCCUGCAGGUAAAUUGCUGGGAUUCAUAGUCAGCCGUAGGGGCAUUGAACUAGACCCUACCAAGAUUAAGGCAAUUCAAGAGCUACCACCUCCCAAAACCAAGAAAGAAGUCAUGAGCUUCUUGGGAAGGUUGAACUACAUCGGACGAUUCAUAGCCCAGUCAACUGUGAUUAUAGAGCCAAUCCUCAAGUUGCUCAAGAAAGACGCUCCCACAAAUUGGAUAGAGGAAUGCCAAGAGGCAUUCGACAGGAUCAAGAGAUACCUUUCCAAUCCUCCCGUCUUGGUGCCACCCAGGCCAAGGAGUCCUCUGUUACUAUACCUGUCGGUAUCAGAGAAAGCUUUCGGGUGCAUGCUCGCCCAACAUGAUGAAGAGGGCAAAAAGGAACAUGCCAUCUACUAUUUGAGUAAGAAGUUUACCUCUUGCGAAGCACGGUAUACGCUCGUAGAGAAGACCUGUUGUGCUUUAACCUGGAUCGCCCAAAAACUAAGGCACUACCUAUCAGUGUUUACCACUCACCUCAUCUCCCGAAUGGAUCCGCUAAGAUACAUUUUUCGGCAACCAAUGCCCAUAGGAAAAUUGGCUAAAUGGCAAAUGCUGCUGAGCGAAUUCGACAUCGUGUACGUGGCGCAAAAGGCAAUCAAAGGACAAGCCCUAGUGGACCUCCUGGCAGAAAGUCCCGUGGAUGAUGAACUGGAACCAUUACGGACUUUCUUCCCGGACGAGGAGGUGAUGGCCAUGGAAGAAGAGGUGGUGGAACCAUAUUCGGGCUGGAGACUGUUCUUCGAUGGAGCACUCAACUUUAGAUGUACCAACAAUAUGGCGGAAUACGAAGCAUGUAUCCUAGGCCUCAGGAUGGCGCUGGAUAUGAACAUACAGGAAUUGUUGGUAAUCGGAGACUCCGAUUUGCUCAUCAAUCAAGUAAAAGGAAAUUGGGCGACCAAAAAUGAUAAAAUACUCCCAUAUGUGAAUCUGGCACAAAGAUUGUGCGGAAGAUUCAAGAGUAUUGACUUCAGGCAUACUCCAAGGGCCCAAAACGAGUUCGCAGACGCAUUGGCCACGAUAGCGUCUAUGAUCCAACAUCCUGAGAGCGCCCACAUUGAUCCGUUAGAGAUCACACUGAGGGAAGAGCAGGCUCACUGCGCCUAUGUAGAGGCUGAGCCAGAUGGCCAACCAUGGUACGUCGACAUCAAGACCUACCUGGAAAAAGGAGAGUAUCCCCCAGAGAGUUCGGCAAAUCAAAAGAAAACCAUCAGGAGAUUGGCCAAUGGUUUCUUCUUGAACAAGGAAGUGCUAUACAAAAGGACCCCUGAUCUCGGGUUGCUCAGAUGCGUGGAUGCCGAAGAGGCCACAAAAUUGCUAAAAGAAGUGCACGCGGGGACAUGCGGACCCCACAUGAAUGGAUUCAUCCUCGCUAAGAAAAUCCUGAGGACAGUUACAUGCAAUGAGUUCCCCUUGGCCUUUCGUGGCUGGGGAAUGGACGUCAUAGGACCCAUUGAGCCUCCGGCCUCCAACGGACAUCGCUUCAUCUUAGUCGCCAUAGACUACUUCACCAAAUGGGUAGAGGCAACUUCCCACAAAUCAGUGACCAAGAAAGUCGUGGCUGACUUCGUCAAGAACAAUCUGAUAUGUCGUUUCGGUGUGCCAGAAUCCAUCAUCACGGACAAUGGUGCCAAUCUGAACAGCCAUUUGAUGAAGGACAUCAGUGAACAAUUCAAAAUCACUCAUAGGAACUCUACCGCCUAUCGGCCACAAAUGAAUGGAGCCGUAAAGGCUGCCAACAAGAACAUCAAAAGGCUCCUCGUUUACGGUACAGAAGCGGUCAUACCCGCAGAAGUGGAAAUCCCUUCACUCAGGAUCAUCCAAGAGGCAGAGCUAAAAGAUGCAGAAUGGGUUAAGAAUCGUUAUGAACAGUUGGCCAUGAUAGAGGAAAAAAGAAUGGUGGCGGUAUGCCACGGAUAGCUGUACAGACAAAGGAUGUCUAGAGCCUUCAACAAGCGGGUCAGAACUCGACUUUUCCAGAUCGGACAACUCGUGCUCAAGCGAGUCUUCCCUCACCAAGAGGAAUAUAAAGGGAAAUUCGCACCAAACUGGCAAGGACCAUACAUGGUCAAGAAAGUACUCUCAGGAGGAGCCGUAGUCCUAGCCGAGAUGGACGGACAAGAGUGGCCCAAGGCCAUCAAUGCAGACGCACUCAAGAGAUACUACAUUUAG